AUGGGGAAGCUGAAGCAGGCAGUUAAGGUGACGCGGUGUGAGAGCUCUUGUGGCCUGAGGUGUCAACAUCCAGUGACCUUCAGGCGCCAACGUCACUCGCAUUCCUACAGCUUCCUCCGCCCCCUCGAACCCUAUGGCGCUGCCAGUCCACACCAACUGAGUUAUUCGUGUUCUAAUCCUUGUGCGCACCAUAAUCCCUUGUAUCUCGCAUUUAUCUCGUCUCGAACCAGCAGCCACUUCGACUCCGACUCCGCAACAAUGGCGGCUGGUAUCAAGACCAUCAUCGCACUCUCAUUCGUUCUUGCGAUCGGGUUCCUCCUCGUUAUCCUCUCCUCCGCUCUCUGGCACAAGUACUGGCCGCUACUGGUUGUUGGCAUCUAUGUGAUUGCGCCGCUUCCCAAUUGGAUCUGUUCACGAUGUGCAAACCCAGAUGAUUUCAUGGACAGCUCGUCCAAUGCGGCGAUGGACUUUGGUCGCUUCAUGACUGGAUUUUUGGUCCUGACGGGUAUUGCACUCCCUAUCGUUCUUGCACACAGCGGAGAAAUCCAAAUCCCCGCCAUGAUCAUGUCGAUUUUCGGUGGUCUGUUGAUCUACGGAACUAUUAUUAGCUUCUCGAUGUUCUUCCAAGAACAGGAAGAAUUUUGA